AUGAUCUCAGGGCAAGCAGGAUGCAAACGAGUCGUUGAACAGUCGUCGCAUUUUGUUUCUUUGAAAUUUGGCAGUUUGCGAAGACUCCGCCACGUCAACGCUGGGAACCAUAGUCAACAGCAAUCUCACAGCCUGCAGCAACAUCCUAGGCCGGCCUCUAUUGUCCAGCAGCAAAAGCAACAGCCAAGUUCUCCUCAUCAAUCAAACACGCCCGUUCCUUCCGGUACCUACACGGCACCGCACGCCCUAAACGGCGUUUCCCUGACACAACACCCCCAGUACGGACCGCCGACCCAAGACCCGGGUUAUUACGCGUCGCAUCCCAAUCCGUACCCUGCAACAAGUACUGCUGAUCAAUACCCUUCCAGUGGACCUCCGGAUCUUAUGGCAGCAACCGCGCAGAUGCAGAGGCCAUAUCCUCCAAUCUAUCACACCCCUCAGUCCAACUCCCCGGCUUCAGUAGCCUCCCCACAACCGCAUGAUCAACAUGGACGCAGUAUCUAUGCGCAGUCGCCUCAGAUGACGUCGCAGAUGUUCGGGUACCAGCCGUAUUCCUCGAUGAACCCGGUCCACCCUUCCCCGUACACGCCACAUCCGCCAACACCGCAGCAUCCUCUCACAACGCAGCCUCUGUUGAUGCCUCCUCAGACAAAUGCCGCACCAAUCCAGCAUCCACAUCAGCAGUCGCAUGCGCCUGCGAUGACUGGCAGUCCGCGAUCCAAAGUGGAACCGAUCCCGCAGCAGCGCCCGCCGGCUCCGAGGCCAGCCCUGACUCCUCACACGGCUCCCUCAAUGUCGUCAAGUACUACGCAAACGAGUCAGCCACCAACCACGAGCGCGAAUGCUGCCCCUGGGCCGAUUCCCGCAACGACGCCGCUGGUGGUCCGUCAAGAUAGCAACGGAGUUCAGUGGAUUGCCUUUGAAUAUUCCCGAGACCGUGUCAAGAUGGAAUACACGAUCCGCUGUGACGUUGAGUCCGUGAACGUGGACGAGCUUUCGCAGGAGUUUAAGACGGAGAACUGCGUCUAUCCCCGAGCUUGUUGCAGCAAGGAACAGUACCGGGGAAAUCGACUGGUCUACGAGACUGAAUGUAACGCUGUGGGUUGGGCGCUUGCCCAACUGAAUCCGCCUCUGCGAGGCAAGAGGGGACUGAUCCAGCGAGCUGUUGACAGCUGGCGAAACAGUAACCAAGAUCCUCGACUUCGCAGUCGGCGUGUCAGGCGGAUGGCCAAAAUGAACCGACGAGCAGCAGUCCAGGCUUCCCAGCAGAAUCAUCUACCAGGCCCGACAGCUGCUGUGCAUCAUGGGCUUACAGCAAGUACCGCAGGGUUGACAGCACCCAGUGUUCGCCCUGCUCUCCCUCUAGGCGGCCCGCCACUCCACCACCAUCACCAUUCCCAACCUGAUGGGAAUACAGGGAAUGAAGAAGUCAGCGGUGGCACUGACUAUACAAACGGUGCUCACCGUUCUUCUGUCGUUGCCACUGGGCCACCGUCGACGAUGCAUGGGACGCCCGAUCUCCGUACCGGACAAGUUUUCCACGGUCUUCCAGUAUAUCCACCGCCUGCUAGCGCUUCAGGGGCACCGGGGGGUCCGUCGAUCCCCCCAUCGCUUCAGGGAAGCGGGUUUGAUACCCUUGGUCGGCAUUCUACUGUUGCGACAUCGUCUAAACAAGAUGGACGUGAUAUAUAUGAAGAGGAUGCCGGUACACGCGAUCCAGAUAAUAAUGCUCUGUUCGGAGGCCUCCCUGAGGGAAAACGUCGCAAGUUCAUUCUUGUCGACGAUCCACAACGCGGAUGUCGCGUCCGGGUUAAAGUCAUGUUGGAUCAGGUCGACAUGAAUGAGAUCCCCGACUCGUACCGAUUGUCCAACGCGGUUUAUCCUCGAGCAUAUUUCCCCGUGCAGAUGAAGAGCCCUCCCGGGCGCGUGGUUCCGGGAAAGCGAUAUUUUGAGGACGAGAGCGACGGUGAGGAUGACGAUGCUGCGACAGUUGGCAGAACCUUGGUCCCAGCGCCGUCGAUUGAUGGUGAAGCCGACACUGCCGUGCCAAAGUUGUCAAGGAGCAGACAUCAAAAGGAAAGGAUCCUGAAUGAUCUCGGUUAUCGGAUGAGUUGGAGUCAAAGUCGAGUUUUUGCAGGGAGGACCUUGUUCUUGCAGCGGUCUCUGGACGCGUACCGCAAUAAGAUGCGUAGCACGAUGCUGACCACGGGCCAAGACCCCUCGUCGAUAGCUCCACAUUUCGAAACCCGACGAGGAAAACGCAAGUGGCUCGAGCGGGGAAGGCGAAACAAUGCUGCAUCCGGGGCAGGUUCCGAGUCUGGGACUGCAGCGGUGACGGCGUCGGCAUCCCAGCGGAGCGCAGAGGAGGUCGAGGGCUAG